CAGUGCACAUUAAGGUCUCAUUGGCCACCGUGCACUGGUCUAUUUGGAUCUAAAUUAUUUCUUUGGCGAAUACCCGGGAAGCCGGGGUAAAUUUGACCUACUUUGGCUCUAAAUUAAUCUUUCUCCCCUGAAAGGUCACAGGGGCAGGUCGGGCUACUAUAACCUCGUGAAGAGGCCAGUAGGACCUGUAAAUAAACUCUGAAAUACACACACACACACUUGCCGAUGUAUUUUCUGUUGCACUCACAACCGAAAGCACAAUCAUGUCUGGACGCGGAAAGGGAGGAAAGACAAAGGGGAAGGCAAAGAGCCGCUCAUCCAGGGCUGGACUUCAGUUCCCAGUGGGCAGAAUCCACCGUCUCCUGCGCAAGGGCAACUACGCCGAGCGUGUUGGAGCUGGUGCACCCGUGUACUUGGCUGCCGUUCUCGAGUACUUGGCCGCUGAAGUUCUCGAGCUGGCUGGCAACGCUGCCCGAGACAACAAGAAGUCAAGAAUCAUCCCUCGUCACCUGCAGCUCGCCAUCCGCAACGACGAGGAGUUGAACAAACUUCUGUCUGGAGUCACCAUCGCUCAGGGUGGUGUGCUGCCAAACAUCCAGGCCGUUCUUCUGCCCAAGAAGACCAAGCAGGCUGGUGGCAAAUAAGCACCUUCUCUGGCUUGAAA